AAUGACAGAAUUAUUAUUCCUCCAACAUUAAGAUCUGCGAUUUUGGAUGAUCUACAUUCUGCUCAUCUAGGAGCUGAUAAGAUGAAAUCAUUAGCACGCCUAACAUGCUGGUGGCCGGAAAUUGAUGCUGACAUUAACAAAAGAUCAAAGAGCUGUUCUAGCUGUUUACAUAAAAUGUCCUAUGGGAAGUCAUCGUGGACACCGUGGCCUGCAUCUUGUGAGGUUUGGCAGCGUAUUCAUGCAGAUUACUGUGGUCCAUUCUUAAAUUCAUAUUAUGCUUUAGUUAUUGUGGAUUCUUAUUCUAGAUGGCCAGAAGUCAUCAUUACAGAUAGUCCUAAUGCCAAAUUCACUCACAGAGCGUUGAGAAAGAUUUUUAGUCGAGAAGGAAUUCCAGAUGUCUUAGUUACUGACAAUGGUACUCAUUUUACGGAGAAGAACUUCAAUGAUUGGCUCAAACAUAUAGGUUGUCGUCAUUUGUACACAGCACCACGUCAUCCUCAGUCAAACGGGUUGGCAGAAAAUUUUGUACGAACAUUAAAGAGUGCUAUAGCAUCAAUGAGUCCUCAAAAUCUUGAUGAGCUAGAGAGAUGUGUGGAUAACUUCUUACUUCAAUAUCGCAAUGCGGAGCAUACAAGUACUCAUGAAAGUCCUGCAAAACUAUUCAAAUCUCGAAUUCUCAGAAAGCAUCUGAUGUCCACGACUUCUGAUGUACAUUAUUACAGAGGGAAUGAUUAUAGACCUUCUAUUGGUAUCAUACUACAAAGAAUGGGAAAUCGAAUGGUGAAGAUAUUAGACAUCGAAGAUAAUUCAGUUCAUAACAGACACUUGGAUCAAGUGAGAAUAAAUGAGAUAAUUCAGAAAUAAGUCUAGAUGAUACUGAUGGAAAUAAUAUCACAGAAUCAAUUAGAAGAUCGCAGAGACUGGCGAGCAAACCGCGAUAUCAGUAUAAAUACACAAGGAGACAUUCGACGUGUGGCGGAUGUAGUGA